UCUUGGCUAACGUCAGCUUAGGAUUGCCCGAGCAUAACUCCAUAAAAGAAGGUCAAUAAUCGGUCUUUGUUUUAUUUUGAAACUAGUUAAAGUUAAAUUUGCUCUUUUUGGACGUGUCAAAUCUAAAAUCGUCAGUCUGUCGGAAUAAAUUGGAAAGAAUUACCAAAAUUGUCUUCACCGUGUGUUGUUAUAGCGCCAUGUUCUUGCCGCUGAUUUAUAACUAAGUUUAGAUACCUGUUAUUAACUAAUCUAAAUAAGCAACAUUACCUAAUCAACUUGUCUGUUCAUGUUGUUUUUUGGGCUCCUAAAGUCUAGUACCUCCAAUUACCUUGGCGAGAUCCGCAAAGAGCAAUUUUCUGUCCAUAGUUCUAAUCCAGUAAUCGGCCUGGCUGUCGGAAUCAAAAUCAGUUUUUAUUGAGUCUCAAUAAACGUCUCAAUAAUGGACCAUAUUUCCAAUACUUCUUUUCUCUGAUCCGUCAUAAAAUUGAUCAAUACUUUAAUCUGGGAUACUGGAAGAAUAUUUCAUUGGUUUAGCAUUUGAUACUGGUAGUUGCUUUUGGUUAUAUAAUACAGUGGUUUUAACAACUACCUGUGUUCUUAAAUUGUUCCUCGGUUUCUUUGGCAGCCAAUAGGAGUUUUCUUUGGAGUUUUAGAUUGAAGGAAAGAAAAAUUAUAGAAGCGCCAAAUUGAUUUGCCAGCUGUUCGUUUGCUUGCCAAAAACAAUAUUUUCACAAUAGAUUUGAGUUCCACCUGCCUAAAAUAGUAAAAACAAACAAGAGAGGAAACGAAGUCCAAUUUGAAAAAUAGUCUUCAGAAGAACUUGGAGAUAUUUUUUAUUGAAAUUGACGUUUUGAUAAGAUAUAUUGAUUCAUUUAUUACCAAUAGCUAAUGAUAGGUCUAGGUUCUUAUUACGAGCGGAAUGUUUUAUUGAGCCUUUCCCCUGAAUUCAACUAACCAAAGUCUUAAAUUGUCGUUCUACUGUUAAGUUCAAUAGUAUUUUACACAUUAUCUUGUCAGUUUUUACCCAAUUUGUCAAUAAUUUUGUUGGUUAUUUUUGUUAAACAAGAACGGAAUUGAAAAGUUUCUUAAAUAUUAUAAGAUUCUGCGUUUCGAUCCUCGAUCAUAACUUACCCAAAAUGUUGACCUGUAAUUGUCAACUUGGUAGUGGUUUAUUUCCGUCUGCAAACCAAAAUUAUCAGAAACCCAGAAAUAGUAAAAAGAUGAAGAUGACUCAAUGUUGGUUCUCGUUUGUGUUUAUUUCGUUCACGUGUGCUACCUUGGUACAAGGGGAUGUGCUGCCCUCUUACAGGCAACUACCCCUACCUGAGAGCAGUUACCCUCCCCUCCACCACCAGUCUUCGGUUUUACAAGUCGGGGCGCAACCACAAGUUCAAAACUUGUUGGCAAAUGAGCCGAACUGCUCGAGAUGGAUUUGGGGCCAGUGUUACUACAACCACGGCAUGUGCGGCGAAGGAAAACAACAUGCAACCAGGAGUGGAGAUGGAUGCAGAAUCAUCGGCAUCACUUCCAGGUGCUUCAAGGCCUGCAAACCCCAGGAACUCCUCACCCCAAACAACCCCAGAAUGCCCCACGCGCCCAAGUGUAUCUGGGGAGUAGACUGUGAGAGAGAAGAGAUACCUGCUCUUCCUCCGCCUCAGAAUAACUAUAAGGAUCCCUACAUUAGCAUGAUGCCUGGCGAGGACAACCGAGAUGAGAGCGAGAGAAACAUAAAGCCGAAUAUCCCACAAAUGGAUCACCCAGAAGACAGAGAAGACAGCAGAGAAGACAAGCACUGUCGCUGGCACAAGGCGAAGUGGGGCAAGUGUGUGAAUGGACAGAAGUUCAGAGUGCGCAAGCUGAGACACAACAGAAGCCAGAACCAGGCUCAAGUCUGCCCCAGUAUGAAAAGAGACACUAAGGCGUGUGGAGGAGGCAGUAUGUCUGGAAACGCAAAUGCAAAACCAAUUGCAGGUCGACGUGAGUUCAUUGACCUGGAUUUCAGUCCCUCGGAGGUGAAACAGUUCUACCCUGAUGAGUUGAUACCCCUGAUAGUACCUGCUGAAAAGGAAGAGGUGAGCAGUGACUACACGAGGGAUGCGCCCUGCAAGUGGGACCAGAGUGUCCGAGUGAGGAAAUGCGGAAAGUGUAUUGGCGAGGGGGAGGGGGAGGGGGACAAUCAGAAAGGGGAGAUGACAUGCACACUGCCGCUGCUGAGUGGAAACCCAAACACCUGUGGCACUGAGAGAAAGAUGCAGAUCAGUUGCGAGAUUUAAACUGAGAACAACUCAAUUCACAUGAACAAGACAAACUGAGGCAGCCAUUUAAUAACAUCGCAGCUUGUUAACUACCCGCUCCCCCACCCCUCCAUCUGGUAAUGAAUAUCUAUCGAACCCUUGAGAAAAACAAUUCAACAGUAAAAGCUUGCGUGGAUUUUUGUACACAAAAUGUACGAAUUUCCCCCUUUUUGGCAAGGGGGAGGGGGGUGGGGCGUAGUUAAAGAGAUCUUUGAAGUCUUGAGGCAGAAACCAAAUUGUUUUGGUGGAGGUUGAGCUGUGCGUAUGCAGUUUUUCAUGACGAUUUGAAAUCGAAUAAAUAGGGUUGAAUUGGUCUAAAAUGAAAAUAACUCAAAUUAAGUAAUUGCAAUUUGAGGAGAAAUUUUCUUGGAAAUAUUUAGUACGCCAAACCUAACUUUUGCCCAUCAAGUCUUCGGUGCCCGAUUUCAAGCAGCCCUUUUGCAAAGGCUAAGUUUCGAUGUAGAAUUAUCACCCUAUUACAUGCACAAAAUAGUUUUUUUAAUGAUGAAGAUCGGUUGAGGAUUUGCUCGAUUGCAGGAUGGAUUUGAACCCGCAAAAAAUUAAAUGAAGUAAAAAAAGACAAAAAUAAAGGAAAAAACUAUUAAUAACCGCCUACCUACGUUAUUAGCCGUUUUUGUUUUACCUUGCACUGUCACUUAGUAGAAUAAGUACAAAUAACAAUUAUUGAAUUAAAAGCAGAGAUAUUUUUGAAUUGUAUUUAAUCUGGAGUUUGAAUUGCCCUACUAACCCAAUGUCAUCGAUUUGAAUCUAGUUAUUAAUAUUUAUAAAUAUGAUUUGAUGGAAGAAAGUUGUCUAUUUUUGUGCAGUGAGUCAUUUACUUGAACUGAGGAGAAUAAAUUGAACAGAAUGGAAAAAAUCGAUGAAUCACUCCUAAAAAAACUAAUUUCAGCUACAAAAAGUUUUCACCGUUUUUUUUUCUGUUAAUUAAGGAUAAUUUUCCAUUCGCUCAAUUUGACCAAGCUGUGACGAAUGUUUUUAGUUGCUGAUAUAAACAAAUUUGAAUCGUAGUACAACCAACUCGUCAGUGAGACAUUUUAGAACAACAUUUAAAUGCUUGAAAUGUCAAUUGGAUAUUUAAAUAGUUGCAUGCAGAUUGAAUUAUACUACUUAAUUUGAAUUCGAAAAUUA